UAAGAAUGAAACAAUUCAUCUUCAUUGCUUUCUGUUUAACGGCAGUUGUUGCUGUUGCAGUUGAAAAAUAUACUACCCGAUACGAUGGCGUGAAUCUUGACGAUAUUUUAAAGAAUAAAAGAUUAUUAAAAGGUUACACCAAUUGUUUAUUGGAUAAAGGGCCUUGCAGUCCCGAUGGAACUGAACUUAAAACUGAUUUACCCGAUGCUUUACAAAACGAUUGUGCGAAAUGUACCGAUGUUCAAAAGGCUGGUGCUAAAAAGAUUAUUAAUUUUUUGAUCGAUAAUGAAUCAAAAAUCUGGAAUGAUUUGGAAGCAAAAUACGAUCCACAAGGAGUGUAUGUGAAACAAUAUAGAAACAAAGCACAUGCGGAAGGUAUCAAGAUCUAAAUUAAUAUGUCAAAAUGGCGAUUAAAAGGAUGUUACCUUAUUAAUCAUGUUUUUUCAAUUUACAUUUUUUAAUAAAUUUAAAUGAAGCAUU